AUGGCGACCAAGAUGAAAUGCUUCUAUAAUGGGCUCAAAUACAUCUCCCAGAUCUUCGUUGUUAAGGAACGUGAGAUGGAGAUUGGGCACCCAACAGAUGUUAAGCAUGUUGCUCAUAUCGGAUGGGACAAUCAAUCUGGAAAUGCACCUGGUUGGAUGAACGAAUUUAAGACCUCUUCGGAUUUCUCUGCUAUGUCACUCGCUAGCAUUGGAGGAGAUACAGAUCCAAGCUUCGUUCCUAUUUCUUCUUGGACUUCUCUAGAUUUUGAUCAGUCGAUGGUGAGGCAACCUUCAUCAGAGAUUUUCAACGACGCAGGGCAGCCGAAAGAGCUACCAAAGGGACCAAAGAAACAAAAAGGGAAGAAGACGAAGUCGACGACUUCAUCUCCCAAGUCGGUUUCCUCGCCCUCAUUGAGGAGUUCAAGAGCUCCUAAACCCAAGUCUUCCUUUGCUGCAACGGUUGCUGCUACGGUAGCUGAAAUGGAUAUUACGCCAAGUCCCAAAGCGUUAAUAAUCUAAAUCUAAU